AUGGAUUCCCGUGGUGAAAUGAAAGCAUUAGACUUGCAAAUUGAUCGUCUACGUCGUGCGGAGAACUUGAGUGAGAGUGAAAUCUAUGAGUUAUGUCAAAAAGCAAAAGAAAUUCUCGCUGGUGAAUCAAAUGUUCAGCCUGUGAAAUGUCCCGUCACGGUUUGUGGUGAUAUUCAUGGUCAAUUCUAUGAUCUAUUGGAACUUUUUCGGAUAGGUGGUACUUGUCCGGAUACGAAUUACCUAUUUAUGGGUGAUUACGUUGAUCGUGGGUAUUAUUCAUUGGAAAGUGUUGCACUAUUAGUAGCACUAAAAGUUCGUCAUCGUGAACGGAUUACAAUUCUACGUGGAAAUCAUGAAAGUCGUCAGAUUACACAAGUCUAUGGAUUUUAUGAUGAAUGUCUUCGUAAAUAUGGAAAUGCUAAUGUAUGGAAAUAUUUUACGGAUCUAUUUGAUCAUUUACCCAUGACAGCAUUGAUUGAAAAUCGUGUUUUUUGUAUGCAUGGUGGACUUUCACCAUCGAUUGAUACAUUGGAUCAUGCACGUGCAUUAGAUCGGGUCCAGGAAGUACCACAUGAAGGUCCAAUGUGUGACCUUGUAUGGUCGGAUCCAGAUGAUCGUUGUGGAUGGGGUAUUUCACCACGUGGUGCAGGGUAUACGUUUGGUCAAGACAUUACGGAACAAUUCAAACGUAGCAAUGGACUCACGUUUAUUGCACGUGCUCAUCAAUUGGUAAUGGAAGGAUAUCAAUGGACCCAUAAUCGUGGUGUUGUCACGAUCUUUAGUGCUCCUAAUUAUUGCUACCGUUGUGGCAAUCAGGCAGCGCUUAUGGAGAUUGAUGAAGUCAUGGCCGAUCGUAGUGGAGACAAGGUAUACGAAACGUGCAAGUUCAUUCAGUUUGACCCGGCGCCGCGUGACAGCAACUUUAACGAGAAGAAACGCACGCCGGACUACUUUUUGUAG